UUUUUUUUUCGCAGCCCCUCACAUCAGCGAUGACUAUGAGCUCUAUAUCGGACGCGUUAGUCUCGGCCGAUCCUUCAAAGUCGGCGUUUUUGGAGUUCGGCGGCCACGGCUACCCGGGACACCAGCAGCCACCCUCGGGCCUGGCCCACAACCAUUACCCGGUCCACAGUCUGCACGCCGUCGGGGGCCACGGCCAGCACGACGGGCCCUUCGCGGCCGGGGCGUCCUCGUACGGCCGCUCGCUGGGCUACCCGCCGUACCACGCGCCGGUGAGCUCGCAUCAUCCCGGGACUUACCUGCCCUACCAGCACGGCGGCCAUGCAGGCGCGCUGGGACACACGAGACUAGAAGACACUGAACACGAGAAGCCCACAGCGGUGAUAGAGAACGGCGAGGUGAGGUUGAACGGGAAGGGCAAAAAGAUACGGAAGCCCCGGACCAUCUACUCCAGCCUGCAGCUCCAGGCGCUCAACCAGCGCUUCCAGCAGACGCAGUACCUCGCCCUGCCCGAGAGGGCUGACCUCGCAGCCAAACUGGGCCUCACGCAAACCCAGGUGAAAAUAUGGUUCCAAAACAAACGGUCAAAGUACAAGAAGAUCAUGAAGAACGGUCCUUGUGGAGCCGAGGGAGAUCACCUCGCCCCGCCGCCGCCUGCCUCCUCCUCUCCAUGCUCUCUGUGGGACAUCAGUAUGGCUGCCAAAGGCCCGCCUGUCCACUCUGGAGGAUACAUGAACAAUUUUGGACACUGGUACUCUGGACAUCAGCAGGACACCAUGCCAAGGACUCAGAUGAUGUGACUGACGGAACAGACGCCAGGCCUCUUGCAUCAAUUGUGGAUAUUAAACCAGCAAGCUGAACUGGAAAGUACAUGGCCACAUGUGCGUUACAUUGCUUACAGUCUGAGCCACGUUGGAGGUAAAAAUAGUAUUGAGUGGCACAUCCUGCUGCGCCGAGGAAGACAUAUUGAGAAACUUCUUGCUGAACACUGCAGCCCUGCCAAAACAGGACGAUUACAGGAGAGCAGGAACUGCUGAAGUGUCCCUUUCAAGCUGUUGUUGAAAUAAACUUAUGGCCAUGCAAUGUGUGUUUUUCCACAAAAACGUAUAUAAAAAAAUCAUUGUUUUUUUAGGGCUUUCUAAUAUUUUUUUGUAAGAACUGUUAUAAUUCAGUUAACCUACUUGUUUACGGAUGUGGACAGUUUGAAGAGCUGAAUGAAAUAAAGAGUUCACGGGGA